AUGAAAAAUAGAAAGACUGAAUGUUCAGACAGAGUAGAAACGUCUGAUGUCAGGGACGCCAUCGGAAUACCAUAUUUGAUAGAUAUACAUAUUGAAAUAGAGUUUGAAAAUGUGUUUAUAUAUUUUGUGAGCAAAUUCGAAGUUCGAACAGACAAAGCAGCAGAAGGAAGCAAUAUGCCUUUUUUUAAUAACCACUUGAGUACUUCAGACAUCAGAGGUUUCACGGAAGCUCUUAUGGAAAAGCAUCAGACGAUGAUGCAAUAA